UUAAACAUCUUCCGCGGCGAAACGGCGUGUUUACUGUUUAGGGGGUCCGUCGGGUAUCGGAGGAGGCGAGGAUGCCGAGCCGCCCCGAGGAUUACGAAGUACUCUUCACCAUCGGUGCCGGGUCAUACGGCAGAUGCCAGAAGGUGCGGCGGAAGGCGGACGGCAAGGUUUUAGUCUGGAAAGAGCUGGACUAUGGAUCUAUGACAGAAUCUGAAAAACAAAUGCUUGUUUCUGAAGUGAACUUACUCCGUGAACUGAAACAUCCAAAUAUUGUUCAUUAUUAUGAUCGUAUAAUUGACAGGACAAAUACAACGCUUUAUAUUGUGAUGGAAUAUUGUGAAGGUGGAGACUUGGCUACGCUGAUUGCAAAAUGUACAAAAGAAAGACAUUAUCUGGAUGAAGCCUUUGUUCUUCGAGUCCUUACUCAAUUGACUUUGGCCCUGAAAGAGUGUCACAGGCGGAGUGAUGGUGGUCACACUGUGCUUCACCGAGACUUGAAGCCAGCAAAUAUUUUCCUUGAUGGCAAGAAAAAUGUGAAGCUUGGUGACUUUGGCCUGGCUAGAAUACUUCAUCAUGAUACCAGUUUUGCAAAAACAUUUGUUGGUACACCAUAUUAUAUGUCUCCAGAACAAAUAAAUCGCAUGUCCUAUAAUGAAAAAUCUGAUAUCUGGUCUCUAGGCUGUUUGCUAUAUGAGUUAUGUGCACUGUCACCUCCAUUUACAGCUUUUAAUCAGAAAGAGCUAGCAGAAAAGAUAAGGGAAGGAAAGUUCAGACGAAUCCCAUACCGUUAUUCGGAACAACUGAAUGAACUCAUCACAAAGAUGUUAAACCUGAAGGAUUAUUGCCGGCCUUCAGUUGAAGAAAUUCUACAGAAUCUGUUGAUAGUCGAUUUGGUAUCUGAGGAGCAAGUGAGAAUUUUGGAGAGGAAAGGGCGACGAUCAGACCAGGAUAAAGUAGAAAGAGUUUCAGGAACGCCAAAUAAUGAAUUAAAACUGAAAGAACAACAGCUGCAAGAGAAGGAGAAAGCUAUAAAGGAAAGGGAACAUAGACUAGAACAGAGAGAACGAGAAUUGUGUGUUCGGGAGAGAUUAGCAGAGGACAAAUUGUCUAGGGCUGAGAAUUUGAUGAAGAAUUACAACUUAUUCAAGGACCAUAGAUUCUUCCUGCCAGCAACUUGCCCAGAUGAAAUGUUACCUGUCCAUACAGCAAGAAAAAAGAAAGUCCAGUUUGGUGAUGAAAGUAAAGAAAAUGUUCAAGAUGAGGAAAACGUGGAAAGCUUUUCCCAAUCAAGAGAAAAAAAUUGCAACCUGAAGAAGCGUCUUUAUGCCGCAAAUCUGCGCGCUCAAGCCCUGUGUGAACUGGAGAAACACUAUCAGUUGAAAAGCCGUCAGCUACUGGGAAUGCGUUGAAACAGUUUGUUUGUGCCUGUACAGAAGAGCGACAUUUCUAUGGUGUUUUUAAAGUAUAUUUUUGUAACAGUUGUGAUGAAAAGCUCUGUAUAGAGAGUUUUAGAUGAAAAAUAAGCUUCAAAAUAUUUUAAUCUAAUGAUCUGUGCGCAUUUCUCUUCUUGGGAAUUGUGUACUUUUAUGCACUCAACGACAUCAAGAAAUUACUAAUACUUUAAUAGAAAAAAAAUCGUUUAGAAGAUGUUUUAGGAUUAAGAUGAAAAUAAACUGAUAUUGCUGCAGUGUAUCGAAAGAAAAAGAGAAUGCUAGGAUGGGGAAAUCUUUUCUCCUUUCCCAGUUUGCUUUUUCCAUUCUUUUAAGUAUCUCCUUAAAAUUUUAGUUUUGAUAUUUUUGUAUGUAUGUGUAAGUUGCCAGUUGGCUGCAUCUGUUUUAUCCACAUUAGGCUUUUCAGGGUUGGGAUUACUGAAAGCAUGGUCUGAAAUAAUGAUAAAUUGCUUAAAAGGAAAAAAAAAAACGGUCAUCAGAACUUAGAAAUAUCCAACAUUUGGUUGGCAGAAUUGUGCAUAUAAGCAGCUUACUUUUGUUAACGCCUGAUUUGCUUGGAAGGUUUCAUCAUCAAGUCUAUCUGUCAGAUGUUAUAGACCGGGGGCCUCCAGCCUUAGCAACUUUAAGACUUGUGGACUUCAACUCCCAGCUUUGCUGGCUGAGGAACUCUGGGAGUUGAAGUCCACAAGUCUUAAAGUUGCCAAGGUUGGAGACCUCUGUUAUAGGCUGUAACUCCUACAAACCCCAAGCACAUGACCAGUAAUUGGGGAUUUGAGAAACUGUAGUCCCGAGCAUUUCAAGAUUAUUCCUAGAUAUAUUAAAUGCUGAAAAAAAAAUCUGUUAAAGACAAGUGAAUGUGAGUUUUACAUAUGUAAAGGAACUAACCAGUAUAUCUCAAUGUGGUUUUCUUCAGUGGUCAGGAUGUACAAAUGCGGCAACUUGGGAUAGAAAGCAUCAGUUAAAUACACUAUUUUUCAUAGUGUAUAAUAAAUAAUAUGAAGGCACAUUUGGUCUAAAUUGUUUUGUUUUGUAAAUCUAAAUGUCUGAUUAUUAAUAUCUUCAAAUUUUGCUAGUUGUUUUUCCCCUUCUCCUGUUCUAAAUACGGUGCCCCUAUCCUAUCCCUGUCAUGAGUCAACUGAGUUCAUGAAGUCAGGA